GACCAGGUUGAUUAUUCAUAUAAACAUGGCGGCGGCCAGUGGAAUGGUUCUGCGCGUUCUGCGGGUGGUUGAGUCCGCUUUUUGAGGUUUGUAAGUGUUAAUUGCAACACCAAAACAGCGCACAGAUGCCUGUUACGGGCUGUAAGUUAACGAACGAAGAUUGUGGUCUUCCGGACAUCUCGCUUAACGACCGGCAAGAGUGUGUUGUUGGCCGGAGCCGGGAAACAGGAAUACGGAACAAGCGGUGCUCCAAGCGUCAAGUGAAGCUCCUGGCGGACUUUGCCAGGGGCACUGUCCACGUGACGCAGUUGGGUCCGAAUUCGGGACGACUUUCCGGGAGGUGCCUUUCGGUCGGAGAGACAGCCGUACUGUCCCGCGGCGACCGGCUCAGCCUGCUCGCCGACGAUUUGACGUACGUUGUGACCUUCGAAGGCACUGCGGACGCACCAAAGAAAGCCAGCGUCAAGCGGAAAGUCGAAGACGAAGAGAUGCCGCGAUCCAAGAAGCAUUCAACAGGUGGCACUUCCCCCAACGCGACCGGCGCCGAGGAAGACGAGCAUGUCAGAGAAGUCUGCGAAAAACUAAAACAGUUGCAGAAAAACUCGAGGGCGAGCGCGUCGUUCCCCGAAGGUGCCCAGUGCAGCGCCGCUGCGACCGCGGCCCAUGCUUCGACCCCGCUCCUCAAACCCGGCUGGGCACGUCUUUCCGACCACAAGGUUUUGCUGUACUGCUCCCUAGAACUCAAGCACAAACCAAAAAUUGCUGCCUUUGACAUGGAUGGCACUCUGAUAACAACCAAAUCCGGGAAGGUGUUUCCUGUCAACUCUCACGACUGGAGGAUCCUGCUUCCGCAAGUGGAAACUAAGCUCCAGAGCCUCUUAGCAGAUGGCUUCAAAGUUGUCAUCAUCACCAACCAGAGGGGCCUUGCAAAGAGCCAUAGCCAUGAAUCUGAGUUUAAGAGUAAAGUGGAACACAUACUAAAAAGGUUGGACAUUCCGGCUCAAGUCUACGUCUGCUCUGGACACGGGUUUUUCCGCAAACCUGCACCGGGAGUCUGGGAGCAUCUUGAGAAGCAUGGGAAUGGCAAUGUGCCCAUCAACAUUCAUGAAUCCUUUUACGUAGGGGAUGCAGCAGGAAGACCAGCCAAUUGGGAGCCCAAACGCAAGAAGGACUUUUCGUGUUCUGAUAGACUGUUUGCUUUGAACGUAGGACUCAAGUUCUACACCCCAGAGGAAUUUUUCCUGAACCGGCCUGCCGUCAAAUUUGAUCUGCCAGCCUUUGACCCGCGUGUUGUCUUAGAUCUGCCACUUGCCGAAGUCAUUGCCACAAGGUCUACGAAUGGCAAGAAGUUUUUCGGCGAGGAUGAGCUUCUGCGAACUAGCACAGAGGUGGUGGUGCUUGUCGGCUAUCCCGCAUCCGGCAAGACUCACUUUGCCAAGAAGUAUUUGGUAGCCAAACAAUACGUUCACAUCAACCGUGACACGCUGGGUUCCUGGCAAAAGUGUGUGAGUGAAAGUGAGAACGCACUGGCGCAUAAGCGAUCCGUUGUCAUCGACAACACCAACCCCGACGUUGACAGCCGAAAAAGGUUUACCGAGCUGGCCAGGAAGUAUGGUUGCGACUGCCGAUGCUUCGUGAUGGACUGCUCACUGGAGAGAGCCAAGCACAACAAUGAGUUCAGGGAGAUCAAGCUAAAAGGUGAGCCUCACACUUCUGUGACCGACAUGGUUUUGUACAGCCAUCGGUCCAAGUUCAAGGAACCAGAGCUGUCGGAGGGCUUCUCAGAAAUCCUGAAGAUUAACUUUGUGCCCCAAUUUGGAGAUCCAGAGGAUGAGAAACUGUACAGGCUUUUCUUGAAAGACAAGUGAAUGGUCGUUCCGCCCACCAAGCUUGGACACAUACCACACUUUUUAACGCAAUAAACACACCGAUUCUGGUGGCAUUAGGGGCAGAUAA